AUGUGCAUCGACUUCACGAAUCUUAAUACAUCUUGCCCCAAGGACAAUUUCCUACUCCCCCGGAUCGACCAACUUGUCGACGCCAUCGUUGGGUUUGCAUUCCUCAGCUUCCUAGACGCCUACUCCGGAUACAACCAAAUUUGCAUGGAUCCCGCCGACGUUAAGGACACCACCUUCAUUACUAACCGAGGGCUAUACUACUACCGGGUCAUGCCCUUUGGACUUAAAAACGCUAGCACCACAUAUCAGCGAUUGAUAAACCGAAGGUUCGCACCGCUCCUGGGCCUGUCCAUUGAGGUAUAUGUGGAUGAUAUGCUUGUCAAAAGCCGCACAACCAGUCAGCACGUUAAUCGCCUGAUCGAAGUGUUCGCAAUCCUCUGCCAGUACAAGAUGAGACUGAAUCCAGCCAAAUGUGUGUUCGGCACGAUCAACCACCGCUUUCAUCUCGGCGUCGCGCUUCCCGGCCUCCUCCUACACCCGUCGGAGCUCGGCAACUCUGGCCACAUCCUUCUCAUGAUGGAUCAUGACGUGCCUGACCGCCCCAUAGUGCGAAAAUAG